CUUUCUUCUGAGGGGAUAAACCCGGAGAUAUGCUAAUUGUAAAAGGAAAAUACAACGGAUAUUCCCGUACUACCCCUUCGAAUAUUCUGCUCUGCAAUCUGCCCCUUUGCGGUUAUAUUACCGUCUCCCUCAUCAUCCUCAGUUCCUCCUCCUCCAUUUUUCACCCAUUACCUCACAAUUCUCUUCUGGAAUCGCCGGAUUUUUCACACACAUGAAAUUCGGGAAGAGUCUCAGCAACCAGAUCGAAGAGACUUUGCCCGAAUGGCGGGACAAGUUCCUCUCCUACAAGGACCUCAAGAGGAAGCUCAAACUUGUACACCCUAACACCGCCCACAACAGGCCCUUCAAGAAGCCCAGGCUCGGCGCCGACGCCGACGCCGAUGCCGCCGAUGCCUUAUCCAAUGAGGUGAUUGAUUUCGUUACGCUGCUGGAGAAGGAGCUCGAGAAAUUCAAUUCGUUUUUCGUCGAGAAGGAGGAGGAGUACAUAAUCAGAUUGAAGGAGUUGCAAGAUAGAGUAGCUAAAACAAAGGACUAUGACGAAGAGUUGACACAAAUUCGGAAGGAGAUCGUUGACUUCCAUGGCGAGAUGGUUUUGUUAGAGAACUACAGUGCCCUUAACUAUACAGGCCUAGCUAAAAUCCUCAAGAAGUAUGACAAAAGAACUGGUGCACUCAUUCGCCUACCCUUUAUACAGAAGGUACUGCAGCAGCCCUUCUUCACCACAGACCUGCUCUAUAAGCUUGUCAAAGAGUGUGAGGCAAUGCUGGACCGCCUAUUCUCUGCAAAUGAACAGCCUGCCUUGGCCGAGGCAGCUGGUGGUGAUGAAGGCUGUGCUCCUAGUGCAUCUGCCACUGCCACCCCGAACAGCGAUGGGCUUCUCGGAAUGCCCAAAGAACUCGCAGAGAUUGAGCACAUGGAGAGCGUGUAUAUGAAGAGCACGCUGUCUGCGUUGCGAGUUUUGAAAGAAAUUCGAAGCGGAAGCUCGACUGUUAAUGAAUUUUCAUUGCCACCCCUACAGAUAAAUGGACUAGAGGGCACAUGGAAAAAAGUCCCUGUGCUGGAACAGGAAGCCAUAGCCAAGUAGAGUUUGGUUUUCAGAAGAUAACAUCACCUUAUUCCAUUACUUUAAAUUAUGACAGCAUCUUGUAAGAAUGAAUUAGAUACUAAAACAUGUAAAAUCCUAAAUAUAAACUCAACAAAUUCAGUAAGUAGAAAGUGAAUGUUUUUCUUGUUUGCCAUUUUUUAUUUUUGGCAGUCAAAAUGUUUUUAUACAGAUAUUAGAUGCACGAUAAUCUUAAGAUAUUUCUCUUU